CGGCGCUUGGGGCUGAAGGAGGCCGGCGCCGUUUGGGGGGGGACGGCCACCGGCACCCGCCCUGGGGGGCCUCAUGGAGCCCCAACCGAGCCCGGAGGAGCGACUCAUGGCCGAAUACCUGGGCUGCAGCGGGCCGUUCGGGGCCGAGGGCCUGGACCCGGACGGCGCCGCGCCCGACGGCGACUUUCUGCCCUUCCAAGACGCCUACUUGGGGGUGGUGGAGCCCCCCGAAUUGCUCUUGCCUCCCUUCCCCCCCGGCGACGACCCCGGCGACCUCCUGGAUGACUACUCGGGUCUCCCCGAGCUGAGCUCCCUGGAAGAGGCGCUGUUCCCGGCCCUGUCGCCGCCGCGGGGCCACGCGCACUACGUCCAUUUUCUGUCGCCCGCGGCCUCUCAGCCGCGAAGCCCGCUGGCCUCGCCCCUCUGCUCGGCUCCUCCGGAAGGAGCCGCGCUCGGUUUCACAGUUGAAAUGGGAGAACCAGUUGAUAAUACUGCAAGAAACAGCCAGGAAGGAACUGAUUUUCAGAAUCCAGAUGUUCAGAGUACCUGUGACAUUUUUCCAUCGUUUCAAGAAAUAGAGGAAACUGCCAGCUGUUCGCACCAAAAGGAUCCCAACCCAUUGGUGCUCUGCCAGUUGAAAGGGGGGAUGCAGAUACUAUGUCUGAACAAUUCUGGCCCAGGAGAACUAAGGGCACUUCAUCUGAUCCCUCAGCACCAAGACCAGAAAGAUCUCCUGCAGUCAGAUGGAUCCCAACCUGUGACUACUUUAGUAGGAAGAUUUUUGCCAGUCCCGGCUCAAUUGAAUUUUGUUUCACAACAGCUCGAUCAGGGAUCCUCAUCACCCGUAACUGAUGAAGCCACAUUUCUUUCAGAACCAAAUCUUCAAGGGCCAACAACAGUAACUGUAGCCGGAGUAACUGUUAGUUCAUGGGACACAAAGUCUAAAAAGCCAUGUAACUGUACCAAAUCCCAGUGUCUGAAAUUGUACUGUGAUUGUUUUGCCAAUGGCGACUUUUGCAACAACUGCAACUGUAACAACUGUUAUAACAAUCAGAGUCACGAAACCGAACGGUAUAAAGCCAUUAAGGCCUGUCUCAAUCGCAAUCCAGAAGCUUUCCAGCCCAAGAUUGGGAAAGGGAAAUUGGGAGAGGUUAAACCUCGACAUAACAAAGGGUGUAACUGCAAGCGGUCGGGCUGCCUGAAGAAUUACUGCGAAUGCUUCGAGGCUAAAAUUAUGUGUUCUUCUACCUGCAAAUGCAUCAGUUGCAAAAAUUAUGAAGAGAGCCCCCAGCGAAGAAUUCUCUGGAACGGGCCCCACCCAGCAGUGCCUGGGAGUUUCGAAGGCGUCACUCUACUUUCGCCCUCUGAGCCUGCGGCCCCCCCUGAACAGGGAGCCAACAGGACCCCUGGGCCGCACAUCUCCUGGGAAGCAGUCAAAGCCACCUGUGCUCGUCUCCUGGCCCGGGGGAAAGAGGCCGAGCAAGCAAACUACCCCAAGUGUUUAGCAGAGCAGUUGAUCCUGGAGGAGUUUGGGAGGUGUGUGUCGCAGAUCUUCCAACAGUAGCUGAGUCCCCACGGGACUCGGAGUGGGGUUUGCGACCAAGAGGACGACAGGGAUCGGAGAACCGCAGACCCGAUAUUUGACAAGUUGAUAGUUUCACGUGACUCUCAGACAACACCUGCCCCAAUGGCAUCGGGGCACAGUUCCCACAGCGAAGUGCUGUGCCCACAUUUCUGGCCCUCAGGCUGCUCCAGCGGCCUCCUCCCAGUCUCAGCAGAGGAAGGCUUUCCUCGACAGGGAGUAGUGCCGCUUGGACUGACUUGAGACCAGGGCCCCCCAACCCCCCACCCUCCCGACCUGGGGUUCCAUGGGAGGAUGGGCUCGGUCACUCUCCCUGCUCCUACCCAGACCCGCUGGGAUGGCUGCCAGCCAGCGGGGCCGCUCAGGGAAUGAAGCCCAGGGUGCUAUCUAUGCUGGGGCCGGCCGGCUGGUCCGGAGGACGCUCGAUCCCGGCUGGCAGUCGCGUGAUCGGAGAGAGCCUCCCGAGUCCGUGGCCCAGACUGCUGCUCUCUUCUCCUGCCGCAGCUCCUCUGGCCAUGG